CCCCCCUCCCCAGGUCUGAUCUGUUAUUGCGUCUAUGCGAAGGACCUCGGGGCCAAAAUGGAGACCAUUUCCAGAAUAUCCACGAUGCUGGAAACAGCUCGUGAGCUCACCCUCGAAGCAGCCCAAUCAGCAGCCCUGAGUAAGGGGUCUAGCACGGGUUUAUCGUCUCGGAAUCUGGCUACUGCUCACAUCAAAAAGCUUCUGGAUAGUCGGAAUGACCGGGAGGUCCUGGAUGGCAUGCGCCGGGUGAUUACGUUGAUGUACCGAUCCGAACCCUCCCUUCCUUUCUUCUCAGCUGUGGUCAAAAACGUGGCUAGUUCGAAUCUUGAGGUCAAGAAGUUGGUCUACAUCUAUUUGGUCCAUCAUGCGGAGGCGGAACCGGACCUUGCGCUCCUAUCUAUCAAUGCCAUCCAGAAGUCGCUUACCGAUCAGAACCCCCACUCGCGGGCUAUGGCGCUUCGUACAAUGUCCGGAAUCAGAGUACCAGUCAUCAGUCAAAUUGUGUCCCUUGCAAUCAAAAGAGGCUGCGGCGACAUGAGCCCACAUGUUCGCAAAGCCGCAGCACUGGCAAUCCCAAAGUGUUAUCGCCUGGACCCGAGUACACUCCCUCAGCUGAUUGGGUAUCUUACUACUUUGCUCGGUGAUAGCCAGUACUUUGUCCUCGGGCCUGCUGUCGCCGCUUUCCUAGAUGUUUGUCCGGACAGAAUCGACCUCAUCCAUAAGCAUUACCGAAGCCUUGUCAAGAAGCUCGUUGACAUGGACGAAUGGAGCCAACUCUCAACACUGCGUCUUCUGACCUUUUACGCCAGGAAGUGCUUCCCUCGCAAGGUCCAGAAAGGCAAACAGGCAGUUUCUAAAGGCUUCUACGAGGACGAUAAGGCGCCGGAGAGCAAUGGUGAUGAUAACGAGCAUGAAGUGCUUGUGCUGGAUCCUGAUCUUGAGUUCUUCUUGCGUACUUGCAAGCUGUUGCUGCAAAAUCGCAACUCCGCUGUGAUUGUUGGCGUUGUCCGGUGUUUCCUUUACCUCGGCACUCCAGAGUAUCUCGAUGCCGCCGUUGGUCCUCUAGUUGCGCUGGUUCGGAGCCCACAGGAUACGCAGCAUGUUGCGCUAUAUAACAUUGUCGCCGUUGCCCUAAAACACCCCAAGCCGUUUACGAAAUACACUACGCACUUCCUGGUCCACGCGGUAGAUCCGCCUCAUAUCUGGCGCCUCAAGCUGGAAGUACUCACUUUACUCUUUCCCCACUGCGGGCUGCACUUGAAAGGCGUGAUCCUCAGCGAACUGGAACACUUUUCUCAAAGCUCGGACCCAGACCUAGUGCGAGAAAGCGUGCGUGCUAUAGGACGCUGCGCACAGAGUGAACCUCGAAGUGCUGAUCAUUGUCUCCGCGUUCUUUUGAGUCAAGUUACGAGUCUGGACGACAACCUUGUUUCAGAGUCGUUGACCGUUAUCAGACACCUCAUCCAGCAGGACCCACCUUCACACGAGAAGACAGUGAUUCAGCUUGUCAAGCAUUUGGGAUUAACAAAGAAUCCCGAUGCCAGAGCAACCAUUAUUUGGCUGGUCGGAGAAUUUGCCGGUGUGGCGCCUGAGAGAAAUAUUGCGGCCGAUAUCCUGCGCAUUCUGGUACAAGACUUUGCAAAUGAAUCCGAGGCCGUUAAGCAGCAGAUCAUCCUCCUGGGGGCUAAGGUAUAUUUGCAUCAUCUGUUGCGAAACCCUCCAAAGGAGGUGCCGCCACCAGAGCCCAAGCCUGAGAAGAUCGUCAACGAGUGGACGGAGAACGAAGAGGAGCGGAAAGAGGAUUCAGGCGACGAGAAACCGCAGAGUGAUGAACCCGAAGAAGAUAGGAUGACGCUGCUCUGGCGGUACCUUCUUCUCCUUGCUCGAUAUGAUCCUUCCUACGAUCUCCGCGACCGUGCCCGCCUAUACAAGGCUUUGCUCGCUUCUCCUUCUUCUACACAACUGGCUAAUCUGCUAUUACUUGCCCCAAAGCCUGUUCCACAUGCCCCAAGCCCGUCAGAAACACGCAAGGACCUGCUGAUUGGCUCCUCGACCCUCGUUGUUGGUCCCGACGCUGGAAUGCUUGGUUUGAAUGGCUAUCAAAGCCUCCCUGAAUGGGUUGAGUCCGGACAAGAGCCCGACCCACGCCUCCGAGAGAACGAUAUUAAACCAAACGUGGUAGAAAAGUCCUCCUUGACUGCGGGCGAGCGGCUUGAUCGAGCCCUUAAGGAGCAUGAAAGUACCGCUGCAACUUCGGGCAGGCAACGGGAUGGUCGCGGAGUAGCGGGUGCCUCCUCAGCGAAGGGGAAGUCACUCGACCAGUGGCUUGAGGAGCCCGAGACGGAGACUGAGGAAGAGACAGAAACAGAGGAAGAGGUAACCGACUCUGAAUACGAGGAAGUGACGGACGAGGAAACGGACGAAGAGGAGGAAACAGAUGAAGAAUAUGAGACGGAUGAAGAAGAGCAGGGGCAGAGUGCAGGACUCUUGAAGCAGUGAUACCCAAUUGGAGAGAUGGGAAGAGCAUUUUGUACAGAUUAGCUGCAUAGACCAACUUGAUAUACUUCCAAUUCUAGAUGUGAC